AUGGACUUGCAUCCACGGUUACGACGCAAGGCAAAAGAUCAGGCUCUAGACAAUCCAGUUUGGGGACCACUCCGCCAAAACAAACGGGCACGCAAGCACGAACGCUCACCCACUGAUGAUAUUGCACCUAUUCCAAAACGGGUCAAGUCAGUCAAAAGUGGUGGAACGAAAGCAAGGGCGCCAGAACCUCCCCUCAGAACUGGAAAAAGCAAAAGCUGCAAGCGGCCGCCACCUCUCGCAUCAGACUCUGAGGACAACGUGGAGGUUAGCCAACCUCAGCGGUUAAAGAAGAGGGCUCGUGUCAGUGUUGAACCGUCAGAUAUUGAUUCGGACACUGCUAGCAAGCAGAGUGUCUCUGAUAGAGCUUCCAGCUCCGAAAUUGAAAUGUCGGACUCAGGAUCAGAGCCAGUCGAGAGCAUCGCAAAAGCUCUGUUUGAAGAGGUUCCUGCAAUUGUCAAUACGCAGGCAGACCGCCAGAAAAAGCCUGCAAAGAGUAAGUCUGGCAGACCUCGGAAGACCAGAUAUACUCUGUCCCAGUCACCAACACCUCCACCACCUGUAUGGGGCUCACAAUACAGGCCUUGGAGUGCGAAAGAAAAGAAAUAUACUGCCGAAAUCCCCAUGUGGGACUCUCCAAUGACGAGGUCAUCCUUUGGACCGCAGCCUCUCAAACACAGUAGCAAGAGCAAUACGCCCUCCUCCGCAGUACAAGUCAAGGAAGAUGAGGAAGACCUUUCCAUCCUCGAAAUCAAACCUGAGCCCGAUGUGCCCCCACAUGCUGACGCAAUGGCUGAUCUUGUCUACACGAAGACUGGGUCAGUGCGACUUACGGACCAGAACACGGAGCUUCGCAAGGUGAUCCAUCAUGGUAUCCUCGAGGUCAAGGCAUACAUUGCCUUCAAGCACGGGUACCCUGAAAUUGUGGCCAAGAACUCAUAUGCGCGGGAAAUCUUACUUCAGGCUGCGAAGCACCACAAGACAGCGCCAAUUGAGAAACGGAUGUAUGUUGAUGAUGAGUAUUUGUCGGCACUCGCCAAUCUAAUUGAUGCUCGUGCGAGCCUCUUCCGCACUGAAAUCAAGGACGUCGCCUAUAAAUAUGCCCCAGGCUACUUUCGACUCGGCCGUGACUGCAAUGCUAUCGUUGACCGUCUCCUUGCGGGUCAUUCCUACAUUUUUCCGCAGACAUUUGAUGCUGAGGGUCUUCCUUCUCCAAAACGACAGAAGCCAUAUCAAGGGCAGCCCAUAGUCGACACUCUAUACGAGACAUUCUUCAAAAACACGAAGUCAGUUGGUUUGCAGUUUGCUCAGCACUUUCUUGACAUUGCGGAGAACAAAACUGGUCGACCAGAAAUCCCUAUCCCCAUGUUGGCCAUGGUCAGCACAGCUAUCCAUGCUGUUCUCGUUGCAAAGAAGAACAAGGCAGGUGAAGAUUUCAAGUUCACUGGUAACCAAUUCUGUGAUAUCUAUACAUACCACGUGGCGUUGUUGGAGAGAAUCCGAAGGACGGCUCCUGUCAAGUUUCACAAAAUGAUGGCCGAUAUUUACGAGGAGGUCCAGCAUUUACGUCGUGACACAAUUGGAGUCUAUGACAAAGAUACCGAUCUAGCAUUCUUGGACCUUGAGGGAAUGGAUGACGAGUAG